AUGGCGGUCUCUCUCACUAGCUCAAAUUGUGCAGAAGUGAGAAAUGUCGGUAUUCUCAUCAUGCUGAUUUGGGUCAUCAAGAUCAGUAUAGUCAAAGAAAACAUUGCGGCAAUAUCAGCAGGUGGUGGCACAGCGGCGGUUGUCAUCCUGGUGGUGGUAGUAUUUGGCUUUAUAUACUGGAGGCGAAGAGGCAAAGAGAAAAAUUAUUCUUCACAAGACCAUAAAAAUCAGCCAUCAUCUUCCCAUCGACCAAGCGACGCUUACGACGACAGCCAAGAUGUUUCUGAGACUGGCUUUUCCUCCGGCGUCGUUUCAUCCCCGAAUGCAUCAGACGAUGUUAAGUUGCAUAUGAAGGCAAAAGAGCAAGAAAGUACAAUAGCUGACCUGUACGCCGUCCCCGUAAGAAAGAAAAAAGCCAGAGCAUGUACAGCCUCAGAUACAGCGGGCGACAGUGUGCAGAACCCCAGCGAUCUGUACGCUGUGCCAGAGAGGAAGAAAAAGAAAAAUGCACCACCCAGUGCAAUCCAAGGUUCAGUGAAGCUGACUCUGAUGAUUACCAGUUGGCAACACAUUUCGGAGAUGACGUGUCAGAUGACGACAUGCAGAUGGUAG